CUUUAAUUUCUCACAUUCCUGUGGAGCCAUUCCUUAUCUGCAAUGACGGGCAAAUCGGUCAGGGAUGUGGACAGAUAUCAGGCGGUGCUUGCCAGUCUGCUGCUAGAAGAAGAGAACAAAUACUGUGCUGACUGCCAGGCCAAAGGGCCGAGAUGGGCAUCAUGGAACAUUGGCGUUUUCAUCUGCAUCCGCUGUGCCGGAAUCCACAGGAACCUGGGUGUCCACAUAUCCCGGGUCAAAUCAGUCAAUCUCGACCAGUGGACGCAAGAGCAAAUACAGUGCAUGCAGGAGAUGGGGAACGGCAAAGCAAAUCGUCUCUAUGAAGCCUACCUCCCAGAGAACUUCAGGCGACCUCAGAUGGACCAAGCAGUUGAGGGCUUCAUCAGAGACAAGUACGAAAAGAAGAAGUACCUGGACCGAAGUCUGGACAUCAACAUCUUGCGGAAAGAAAAAGACGACAAAUGGAAAAGAGAGGCAGCCUCGGAGCGGAAACUGGAGCCAAUCGUCUUUGAGAAGGUGAAAAUGCCUCAGAAGAAAGAUGACAGCCACUCCAGGAAAAGUCCUUCCAAAUCUUCCGAGCCCGUCAUGGACUUGCUGGGACUCGACGUUCCUGUUUCGGCCACCCUUCCCAAUGGCAGAUCCACCAGUUGUCUAGAGAAGGACUUGGACCUCUUCGGUUCCAUGGGGUCCGAAAGGAAGGUCGUAGGCUCUAUGCCCACAGCUGGCUGUGCGGGAUCUGUUCCUGAAAACCUGAACCUUUUCCCUGAUCCUGGGAGCAAAGGGGAAGAUACGGGGAAGAAGCAGCUCUCCAAAGACUCCAUCCUCUCCUUAUACAGCUCCCAGACCCCGCCGAUGCCCACACAAGGAGCUGUGUUCAUAGCCCCGGCCCAAAUGGGGUACCCCGCAGCGUACACCAGCUUUCCAGGCAUGGCAGCGCCCAGCAACAUGAUGGGGGGCAUGAUGGCACCGCCAGUUGGGAUGAUGCCGCAGCCGGGCACCGCCGGCAUGGUGGCCCCCAUGGCGAUCCCGGCGGGCUACGUCGGCGGCAUGCAGACGGCCGUCAUAGGGGUCCCCAACGGAAUGAUGGCGACGCAGCAAGCCGGGUACGUGGCCGGCAUGGCGCCGGUCCCACCGCCAGUGUACGGCGUGCAACCUGCCCAGCAGUUGCAGUGGAACAUUGCUCAGGUGACUCAGCAGAUGGCCGGGAUGAACUUCUACGGCACGAAUGGGAUGGUGGGGUAUGGACAGUCGCUGGGCCGUGGAGGGGCCCAAGGGGCCAACCAAACACUCAGCUCCCAAGUGUGGAAAUGA